UCACAACUAUGACGUCUGGCAACUUAGAGGUACAAUGGCUGCGCCCAUUGCGAUGGCUGACGACGUGCGGUCAAGUGACACUGCGCGUAGAAAGCAUAAAAAGGAAAGCUUACCCACACCCAAGAUCUUCAAAAAGACAAAUGCAAAGUUCCAUAACAAUGUGUCGAAGCCACCGUUCGGCAGUGAGGCUUCGGAGGCCGUCAAGUUCAACCAGAUGCUCGUCAAGCCGAACAAGAAGUGGUACGAGCAGCUUCCUGAAGGAGACUCCAUGACAGUUCCUGACAACCCUCCCGAACUGGUCUCAGCCAAGCGCAAGUUGGCGGAAGCCCUAUUUGAGCAUGACAAGGAACUUUACAGGAAACACGGGGAGUCACGGGCCCGAGCCUCAGAUAUGCGAUGGGUGCGAACUGUGCUGGCAAAAGGCGUGCUUGCCGACAAGGUGGCUGCCCACACGCUGUUGAUUCAGGAGAGUCCCCUGCACAACCUGGCGAGCGUGGACGCUUUGCUGGCCAUGGUGACUCCUAAGGGAAAGAAGGAGUGUCUCCUCGCAAUGGAUGCCCUAAGAGACCUGUUUCUCUCUGAUCUCCUCGUACCUGAUAAGAAGUUGAAGGCCUUUUGUCAGCGCCCCCUGGCGAGCCUGAAUGGCAGUGGCCCGCUCGAGUCCAGGACGCUGCUCCUCUGGCACUUUGAGGACCUGCUGAAGCAGCGGUAUGCGACGUUCCUGCAGUCCGUGGAGACUGUCUCCUUCGACCAGGUGGAGAAGCUCAAGCUGCGUGCGGUCACAUGCAUGUUCCACAUGCUCACGUACCACCCUGAGAAAGAACUGUUCUUACUGGAACGACUGAUCAACAAACUGGGUGACCGCAUGCACUCAGUUGCCUCGCGGGUGGCCCACUACCUGACGCAGCUGACCAACCACCAUCCGCGCAUGAAGGGUGCCGUACUGACCGAAGUGGACCGGUUCGUCUACCGUCCCAACGUGGCACAGAAAGCCCAGUAUUACGCCCUCUGCUUUCUCAGCCAGCUCCUUCUCUCGGACAAUGAUGUGAUGCUGGCACGUUCCUUGGUGUCCUUCUACUUCACCUUCUUCAAGAAGUGUGUCCAGCGUUCCAAGGUGGCGGACGCUCGCACCAUGAAGGUGCUGCUGACGGGCGUCAACCGAGCGUUCCCCUAUGCUCGAGCAAGUGAUGCUGAGGGCUUGCCGGACGACCAAGUGAACCUCAUGUUCCGUCUCGUCCACCUCACCGACUUCAACAUCGCGGUACAGGCACUGACGCUGCUUUUCCAGAUCCUGGAUGCCAAGAGCUCACUGUCGGAUCGCUUCUAUGGGGCCCUCUACCGAAAGGCGCUGGAUCCGGCGCUGGAGCACUCAAGCCACCAGACCAUGUUCCUCAACCUCCUUUACAAGUCGCUCAAGCGGGAUACCGAGAACAAUCGGGUCAAAGCAUUUCUGAAGCGACUGCUGCAGGCAUGCCUGUACCGGUCUCCGCAUCUGGCUUGUGGCAUUCUCUUCCUCGUGUCCGAAGUUCUCAAGUUACGGCCAACGCUUCUCGAUGCUCGCACAUUUGAUGACAGCCACAACGAAGCCCCUGAGUGUGCCGUGCAAAUGGACGACAACGAGAGUGAUGGCGAGCAUUAUGAUGAUGCUCCAGAUGAUAGUGACAAUGGAGAAGCUACAGAUGCUGCAAAACUAGCACGCUCAGAUCAAAGUGGCAGUCGGACGGGAACAACCAGCGAAAAGCAAAGCACGGGUUCCUGGGUUCAUACAAGGUUGGCAACUGUUGACGAGUCGGGAGCCAUGACAGUGGAACGGCGACGGAGAACUGGGUAUGACCCUCUGGCUCGCAACCCGCUCUACUGUGGCGCGGAGUUCUGCCCUGCCUGGGAGCUGCGCCACCUCAGUCGCCACCACCACCCGUCAGUGGCGCUGUUUGCCGAGCGCAUCCUGCGAGGGCAGCCCGUUGCAUACCCUGGUGACCCGCUGCAGGAUUUCACUCUGUCACGCUUCCUCGACAGGUUUGUAUACAGAAACCCCAAAGCAACCGGCGCCAACGAGCCCAUCAUGGAGGACCAGGCUGCCAGCGUGUUCGGCAAGCGUAGGCAGUAUGUGCCCAAGGGAGUGCGCAAAAUGGACGUGCUCAGUCGCCAGUACCAGCAACAGGUCGAGGCCAACAUUCCACCUGAGGAGACAUUCCUGUACAGGUACUUCAAGCAGGAGCGGGAGCAACGCAAGGCCGAGAAAGGUGGGGAUGAAGACAAGAAGAAGCAGAAGAAAAAGGAGGCGGACGACGAAGAGCUUGCAUCUGACGCGGAGAGUGUGGCCAGCGACGACGUCGGCCGGGUCCUGGACAUGUUCGAACCAGGCGUCGAUGGAGAGCUGGACUUUGCCUCGGCCUUCUCUGGAAGCAAGAAACGCAAGAAAGGCCGGGCAGAGUCUGACGAUUCUGACGACGAAGAGUCAGAUGAAGAUGAUGAUCUCGAGGGGCUCGAAGAUGAUGAAGAAUACCAGGAGGCCCUCAAAGGGCUGCCCAUUGGCAAAGGCGGAUCGGAGAUUCAAGAGGAAGACAUUGAAUUUUCUGAUGAUGAUGACGAGUUCAACACAGGGGGAAAAAGGCCUCUCAAAGAGUUACCUAACAAGGGCAAGGUCAAGAGUAAAGGUUUCGACUUGUCCAAGCUUGUUGCUUCUGCAGAAGAGUUUUCACAUCUGCUGGAAGAAAAUGCCGGUGGCGUGGACACAACGACAUCGCAAGCUGUGUCGAACAAGGACAAAGCAAGUGCAAAGCAGCUCAGAUGGGAGAGAGACCGAGAUGCUUGGGUCCGCGGAGAAGACUGGAGAAGCCGCAAGCGGAAGCCAGGCACUGGUUCUGUGCCGAGACGCGACAAAAUGGCUGGAAAGCGACAGAAACGGCGCUGAUGGUGUCUGUUGCAUUAUUUGUAAUAAAAACUGCACAAUACCUGU